AUGACGAGCGGCAAAGUCCUCUUCCUCGCGCGUAAAGUUCAAAAAUCGCUAGAGAAGUUGCGUAAUCAGGAUGGCUACCGGUCUCAAUGGGUUAAAUACAAUUCUUUUGUAGGUGGUGCACCAUCAUCAAGAAGCUACAGUAGUGAACCAGGCCCAUCUACAUCUCGACAAACUGAUGCUGCACGUUUAAGAAGAGGCUGUCAGACUAGGUCUUUUCUGGAUCUCCUUGAUGAAAGUGACUUCAGUGAGAGUGAUGAUGACUGGCUACCCGAGGCAGUGAUGUCAUCUGGGAGACUAAUUGGAGUUGAAGAAGCUGUCACUUCUUCAGACUCGGAUUCUGAAGAAGAUCUCCAGGAGAUAUCUGUAUCUUCAACUGCUGGGGAGCCAAGAAGAUUGUUUUACCUACGAAAUAAAUCUUUCGUAGACCAUGCUCCUCAGAAUGCAACAGAAAAUUUAGGAGCUUGUAACUUACUGAAACCAAUUGAGUAUUUCCUAUCUUAUGUCAGUGAGGAUUUUUUGGGAGAUAUUGCAAUGUAUACAAAUAUGAAAUCAAUUGAAACUACAGGUGCAUGUAUUAACACAAACAGCAAAGAAAUUGCCACUUUCAUAGGAAUGACAUUUGCUAUGUCAAUCAUAAAGAUGCCAAGAAUUAGAAUGUAUUGGCAGUCAAAAACUAGGAUCCCUUGGAUAGCUGACAAAAUGGCAAGAGACAGAUUUUUCCGUCUCAGACAUUCCUUAAAGGUUAUUAAUGAUAACACUGUAUUGGAAGACGACAAAAAAAGUGACAGGUUAUGGAAAGUAAGACCUUUGUUGGAAGCAGUACGAACUCGUUGCAGCGAGUUGCCAAGGCCAUCGAAGGUCAGUAUUGAUGAAAGCAUGAUUCCUUUUCGAGGUAGAAUCGGUAUCAGGCAACAUGUCCCUGGCAAACCUUUCCCAGACGGGUUAAAAAUGUUUGUACUAGCUUCUCCAAGUGGAAUGGUACUCGAUUUUGAAAUUUUUCAAACUAAAGAAGCAUUGCUAUCCAUUGUUGAAAAGCUGAAUGUUAAACCUGACAGAACCCUCACAACUGGUGAAGCAGCAGUAUUAAGGUUUGUGCGCAGUGUGGAUGCUGGCACAAGUAUCUUUUUUGAUAGAUAUUUUACAAGCUCAAACUUGUUGUGUGAUCUGUAUGACAGAGGUCUUCGAGGAACAGGCACAAUUAAGAAAAACAUGGUACCUAAAGAGGCUAAGCAAAAAUUAAAGACUGAGGCAACCUUGCGCAAAGAGGGCAGAGGGGCAUCUGAUUGCCAAGUCCGAAAUGAUAACAAGGUGGCUGUCACUGCUUGGUAUGACAAAAAGUUGGUACUAAUGGCUUCCAAUGAGUUCUCUAUUGAUGACGAAGAUAUAUGCCAGCGGUGGUCUAAGGCUACCAAUACCCAUGUUGGUGUAAAGAGGCCCCGUGUGGUAAGGGAGUACAACAGUGCCAUGGGGGGUGUGGAUGUUCAUGACCAAAUAGUCAGCUAUUACAGAAGCCCCAAUCGCACUAAGAAGUGGACUGUUAGGGUGGUAUUGCAUUUACUUGAUGUUGUAACUGCCAACUGUUGGCUGGAAUACAGAAAGGAUAUGGAGUCAAAACCCAAACAAUAUCUAGACUUCAAAUUAAUCUUGGCAGACCAGUUAAUGUCAGGUGAUUUCUUUGACCAUGCCACUGACAGUCAGAGUAUUUCUGAUGCAAGUCUCUCUUCAGUAGACUGUAUUGAUUCAGAGACUGAGCCUCCUCCAAAGGCAGCUAAACAGGGCUUGACUCCUCUGCCAAACAGGGCUGAAAGAAAGAAAGGUUCAUCUCCAGGAUGUAAGACAUUUCUCUGCAACUAUGCAAAGAGAAACUGUUUCUUUGAGUUUCAUGUAUAA